CAAGCACUAUCCCCGUUAUACGCCCAUUCCAACAAACAAGCAUGUCCCGCAUCAUUCUCAUACCAGGAAACGGAAAUGACCGCGUCGAGGCCUCUAUGUGGUAUCCCUCUGUCAUCGACACGCUCGCUGCGGCUAAGGAUCCUAAGACGGGCCAGCUGCUGUUUCCCGGACAAGGAGUCUUGAAGACAUUCCCAGACCCCUACGACGCACACGAGGAAAUUUGGACCAAGUUUAUGGAGGAUAACAUCGAAAUCAAUGAGGAGGAUGUCGUUAUCGGUCACAGCACUGGAGCUGCCGCCAUCAUGAGGUACAUUGAGACCAGGAAGGUCAAAGGCGUUGUUCUUGUGAGUGCGUAUCACUCUGAUCUUGGAGAUGUCACAGAGAGAGAAUCUGGAUAUUUCAACCGCCCUUGGAACUGGGACGCCAUUUCUGCGAACGCGAGCUGGAUCACACAGUUCUCAAGCCCAAGUGACCAUCUGGUUCCUAUCGACGAGCAGCGCGACGUGGCAAGUAAAAUUGCCGGAGUCGACUACAUUGAACUCCCAGGUCGAGGCCAUUUCAUUAACGAUCGCGACUUCCCUGAGCUGGUUGCCAAUGUUAUCCAAAAGAUGUCUUCAUAGUGUUUCUAAAGAAUACA